AUGGCGGCACAGUCGUACUUCCCGGUGCCUCCGGGGGUUGGGAUGGAGGAAAACUUCUUCUCACUUGACGAUAUUCUGCUCUCGCAGGAGAGGCUGCCCUCCCGCACAGAGUGCACUUUCCCUCGGCUGGGCUUUUUGGAGAAAUCCACAGACUCGCCACACAUUUUAGAGGGAUCAAAGAUGGAACUUCCUCUGUGGCUGGCGAAGGGUUUGUACGAGAGGAAGAGGAGAGUGCUCUCCGUGGAGCUGCCCAAAGUCUAUAAGGAAGGCUGGAGGACCGUGUUCACUGCGGACCCUAAUGUCGUGGACCUGCACAAGAUGGGGCCUUACUACUACGGCCUGGGGUCCCAGAUGCUUAAUUUUGACAGCCCGGAAAAUCCAGAGAUUGCUCAGGCACUGCUACAGACUUUUAUUGGACGUUUCCGACGGACAAUGGACUCCUCCCAAAACGCCUACAACGAGGACACAUCUGCCUUUGUGGAGAAGCUGGACUGUUUAGAGAAAUCCCUGUUCAAAUCUGGUCAGAGUGGACUCAAUGGUUUCCAGAGCUGGGAGAAGGGACAGGCAUCUCAGCUGACUGCCUCCAGUCUGGUCCUGAACUACCGCAAGAGGAAGAUCAAUGAUCUGCAGCCUUGA